UUGCUGCUAGGUUUCGCAGCUGCACAUAUAUGUGUUAUGUGUGGCUCCUAAGUAAACGUUCAGCUCUCUUGCUUAAUCAUUUAAUACAUAUAUGAACCUAUUUCGAAAAGCAACACAAUUGAAGCAGGAGAUUACGAUGCCGUCCCCGAUGGAGGGAUCUUCCAGAGAAGGUGACCUCUUUACUGUGAAACACGAGCUGAAAAACGCCAACCUGACGGGCCACGUAGAGAGGGUGGGCAUUGAAAAUUUUGAGCUAUUAAAGGUGCUAGGCACAGGAGCAUAUGGCAAGGUGUUCCUGGUGAGGAAAGUGAGUGGUCAUGAUGCAGGGAAGCUGUAUGCCAUGAAGGUUUUGAAGAAGGCCACCAUCGUACAAAAGGCAAAGACCGCCGAACACACGCGGACCGAGCGGCAAGUGCUGGAGCACAUACGCGAGUCUCCAUUCCUCGUCACACUUCACUAUGCCUUCCAGACGGAUACCAAGUUGCACCUCAUUCUGGAUUAUGUAAAUGGUGGGGAGCUCUUCACACAUUUGGUGCAAAGGGUGCGAUUUAAGGAACAAGAAGUUGCUUUGUACAGUGGAGAGAUUGUAUCGGCACUAGAGCAUCUACACAAGCUUGGGAUUGUCUACCGGGACCUGAAACUUGAGAAUGUUCUGCUGGAUUCAAGUGGUCAUAUAGUUCUCACAGACUUUGGCCUCAGUAAAGAAUUUGAUCAGGUGGAAAGGGCGUUUUCUGUCUGUGGCACCAUUGAAUAUAUGGCUCCAGAAAUUGUGGAAGGAGGAGAGUCUGGACAUGACAAGGCGGUGGACUGGUGGAGCCUCGGCGUGUUGAUGUACGAGCUCUUGACUGGCGGAUCACCCUUCACUGUUGAUGGAGAUGAGAACUCGCACACAGACAUUGCCAAGAGGAUUUCAAAAAAGGAUCCCCCUUUCCCCAAAGAUAUGGGACCUCUGGCCAAAGACCUCAUCCAGCGACUCCUCAUCAAAGAUCCAAAGAAGAGACUGGGAUCAGGUCCUAAUGGAGCGGAGAAUGUAAAAAAACACCCGUUUUACCAGAAAAUAAACUGGGAGGACUUGGCAGCUAAGAAGGUGCCUGCCCCGUUCAAGCCAGUGAUUCGGGAUGAGCUGGAUGUCAGCAACUUUGCAGAGGAGUUCACAGAGAUGGACCCCACCUACUCUCCUGCAGCUCUGCCUCAGAACUGUGACCGUAUCUUUCAGGGCUACUCUUUCAUGGCCCCCUCGAUCCUGUUCAAGAGGAAUGUGGUGAUGGACGACCAUGUCCAGCUGUGUGGGGGCUCUGAGAGGCCGGGCUCUGCUGCGGUGGCCCGCAGCGCCAUGAUGAAGGACUCACCUUUCUAUAUGAGUUAUGAGAUGGAUCUGAAGGACAGUGUUUUAGGGGAGGGCAGCUUCUCCAUCUGCAGACGGUGCACGCACAAGAAGACUGGACAAAAAUACGCAGUCAAGAUCGUCAGCAAGAGGAUGGAGGCACAGACUCAGCGAGAAAUUGCCGCCCUGAAGCUCUGUGAUGGCCACCCUAACAUUGUCAAGUUACAUGAAAUUUACCACGACCAGCUCCACACGUACCUGGUUCUGGAGCUGCUCGGUGGAGGGGAGCUGCUGGAGAGGAUCCGCAGGAAGCAACAUUUCAGCGAAACAGAAGCCAGCCGCAUCAUGAGAAAACUGGUGUCGGCCGUCAGUCACAUGCACGAUGUAGGAGUGGUGCACAGGGACCUUAAACCAGAGAACCUGCUCUUCACGGACGAGAGUGAGAACUCCGAGAUAAAAAUCAUAGACUUUGGCUUUGCCCGCCUCAAACCACCAGACAAUCAGCUCCUGAAGACUCCCUGCUUCACCCUGCAGUACGCAGCACCAGAGAUACUCAAGUAUGACGGCUACGAUGAGUCCUGUGACCUGUGGAGUCUGGGGGUCAUUCUGUACACCAUGCUAUCUGGGCAGGUGCCUUUUCAAUGUCAGGAGAAGAGCUUGACCCACACCAGUGCUGAGGAAAUUAUGAAAAAAAUCAAACAGGGAGACUUCUCUUUUGAAGGCGAGGCCUGGAGAAAUGUUUCCCAGCAGGCCAAGGACCUGAUUCAAGAGCUGCUGACAGUGGACCCAAACAAGAGGAUUAAGAUGUGCGGCCUACGCUACAAUGCCUGGCUCCAGGACGACAGCCAGCUGUCCUCAAACCCACUCAUGACACCGGACAUUCUCGGCUCCUCCACUGCCUCCGUCCACACUUACGUCAAAGCUACCUUUCAUGCUUUUAACAAAUGUAAGCGGGAAGGUUUCCGCCUGCAAACGGUGGACAAAGCGCCACUAGCCAAGAGGAGGAAGAUGAAAAAGACGAGUACCAGCACAGAGACCCGCAGCAGUUCCAGCGAGAGCACCCAUUCCUCGUCCUCCUCCUCCCAGUCGCAGGAGAAGACUUUCACGGAGGGCGACGCCAAGCCGCAGCCCUCCAACAGCACGCCUCUCACCACGCCCGUCAACACGCCCGUGGUCCUGGCAACCGACUCCGAGCAACAACCAGUGCAUCCAGCCUUUCACUUCUCAGAAGGACAGUGAGACAGCGAGAGGAAAAAAGGAAUUUCAGAAAGUUUUAUGACCCACAGGACGGCUUGGACCAGCGUAGAGACGGCUCUCUCUUCUCGCUCUCUCUUCUCGCUCUCUCCCUGGCAGCUCUCUGCAUCUGGCUCAAUUGCAUGGACGUUCGUACGUCUCCAAAAAACCAAGCAUGCCGCAGGAGCAGCAACUGUCACCUCAUUAUCAAUCAAUCAACCUUCACUAGCAAUAGCCUAUCUCUUUUAUUUUCUCUUUCACUUUCACACACAGACUGUUUUUUAAUCAGGGACCGGACCAGGAAGAAGUUGUGUCCAAAAUGAAAAGGGCUGCCCUACUGCCCCGGGUCCAGACAGACAAUGGAGAGACAUCUUUAGUCUCCUCAUAAAAUCGCAGCUCGCUCUCUGUCCGCCCCACUUACCUGUCUCUGUCCACGCCUCCGGGGGUUUUAAAGGGAAAGUCGUAGUGUUUACAUCAUGGAUUCAAUGAUUUUUUUGUCAAAGGGAGAGGAGGAAAUGCAUCGUGCUGCAGCGUAACGUGACGUCGGUCCACUUCUCUGCAAGAUGGAGCAGGUUGUUUAUAUGUGAAUUUUACAGACUAAGAUUUAUUUAUGAUAAGCUAUAUUGUUAACUUAUUAAUGGUUCAGACUGAUCUGAAAAGAAAUAACGGAUACAGUGCGUCUUUAAAAAAAAAAAAAAAGACAUUUUGUGUAUGUGUGUAUGUGUUACCCUAUCAGCUCAAAAGACUGUUUCCAUGUUGUCAGAUGGUUGUUCAUUCAUCUUUGUAAUCAUCAGACAGCAAUGCUUCAAGUAGGUACAGCAGUUAUGCAGACACUGUAAGACUUCUAAAGGCAAGAAGAGAUUGACACCAUUAGCUGCUGGUUAACGGUUGUCAAAUGUAUGUCAGCAAAGUCCUUUGGACUUUUUUUUAUGGAGGCUGGGAUUGAACUGCAACUGUGUCCAGUGGUCAAAAAAAGAUAUAUCCUUGUUUAUAAGGAUUAAAAAAAGCAAAAGUAAACAUCUUUUAUAGGAACAACCAAAUGUGGAUGUAGUAUGUUCAGCCAAAUAUGUGGUUUUAUAUUGUUGUAUGGGGAAUACUGCCGCCUGAGGGGAUGUGACCCCACAAGAAGAGCUAUAUUUAGAUUUAUUUUUGCCUCUUAUGUGGGAGCAUGACGAUGUUAAGGCUCAGCAUUGCUGCUGUUCCACAUUGUCUGAUCCUCAAGCCAGUAUUUAGCCCAGCAGUGGAUUUGCCUUGUGUGGUUCCAAUCAGCUUAGUGCGAGGUGAAUGCGUCCAGGAAUUUAAGGUUGAGUUUUCUGUGAUCCAAGAUUACAAAGGGCGACUUCAAGUGGCUUCCUUUUCGGAUGAAAAGAGAUUAAAUAGUUUGAGAAAUGGAGAGUUUUAUUUGCCAAAAAAUGCAAUUAAAUCAGGUAAAGGACAGGUUUGAGUCAAUGAGUUAAGGGCGGUGACACAUUUUUAAUGCAAUAUAGUGCAGAACGUUGCCACUUGUGUCACUGCCCAAAGUGUUACCACUACUGCGGAACAUCUACCCUUUAUGAAAACACCAAGUCCCUGAGGACUGACCUCAAACAAGCACUGCUUUUAUUUUUGACACCGGCCCUUGCUCUCUUUACCAUGUUGUACUGCAUGACUGAAAUGGUGAUCUUUGCAGUGUGUGACAGCGCUCACUUUGAGGCAGAUAUCUGGUUAGUAUUUGGUCCCCAGUGCAUGAUGUAAACUGAAACAUCAACCUCUUCUAUCACUUUGUUUUUAUGGGUGUUUUUGGCAGAUUCUCAUUUGGUUUAAUGGGAGUUUGUUUACUUGCACAUUUGAAUACGCCACGAUUGAAUUGGGGACUUUGAAGUUUUUACUGUUUGAGGUGUUUAAACACCAGAAAACCCUUUUUACAAUAGCCUGAAUAUUGUAAUGUCCCAAUGUUACAAUACUGGUGUUAGCCAGGAGAGUUAGGAAAGUAAAUGCCGUGCUCUGUUAAUUGUUUUUUGCAAGUAUGUGUUCGUCUGUUUUCAUGGUGAUAUUUGAAAUACUGUGUUCUAUUGAUAUGUACAUGGGUAUUUGUGUUCAGUAUGUGAAGCUGCCUAGAAGCAGUUUCUCCUGCUUUAUCAGGAUAUAAACUCUAGUUGGAAUACUGUGUGCAUUUAAAACACACUCCCUCAUCUUUCUUCCAUUUUAAUGCGCUCUGAUUUUGAACCAAAGCAUUAACUUCAAGGUAGCUGCUCUAAGCUGCAUGGGAUAUUUCCUUUCAUGCAAAUAUGCAAAGAAAUGCUUCACAUAUAUAUCAAGGUUUCUGUUUGUUUUCUCCAAAGGAUGAAAUAAUCUAGAUGUGUUUAGCUCAGAUCAUUUUUCUUUGUGUAUUUUUUGUUUCAGAGAUUCUCUAUAGGGUUUGAAAUAUCCAUACUCAGCACAUUAUCAUGCUUAAAACUAUGCAUCACUUUUCACUAUUUGUGUUGCUUUUGCCAUUUCAAAAAGACCUCGCCAAAUGGGUCCAAACAUAAUGCGUAAAGGGCACCGUGUACAUAUUCUGUACUUUUAACCUCAUAGCAUCAGCCACAAUAGAAAUAGCAGAGUAAAACCCCUCGCCCUUCUAAAAAGCUAGAAUCCUUGGAUCUGAACACUACAAAGCUCUUGUCUAACUUAGUUCGCAUGAGUUCCCCGUUGCUGCCUCAUUAAGCCUCUUUUCUUUUGUUUGGGUGUAUUAAUAGCUCAAGAGGAGGAAGAGGAAAAGUGGCCUAUAUUGAGCUCCCCCUCUGGGAGCCAGGCUCUAUUAGCUGAUGCGCUGCAGUGCUGUUCGUUCCAAAAAAAAUACCGUACGCUGCACGCUGCCUCUGUGGGACCCGGCUCAUUUUUCUUUGUAGGGAAAAUAACAGAGUAUCACAGGAAGAGGGUUGGUGUAGUACCAACGUCUCUCGAGGGCAGAUUUUUAAAAACUAGGUUUCCCCCCCUUUGAUGAACAACUUGUUCAGUGUGCCACUAUGAGGAAGAGAAGCCAGUUUUGAUUUGACGUCCUAUUGCCUGUGAUACAUUUCUGUUUAUUGGUUCCCUGGAAAUUGAUUGAAAGUUAAUUUUCCCGCUAUCGUGCUUCCUCCUUUUUUGCUUUUCUCUCCAUUAGGGUUGAAAGUAUCCCACCUGAUAAGAAAAACCUUUUGUACCUUUAUGCAUUUAUUAGAGGGUCUGAUAGUUUGGACUGUUGUAUAAAUACCUGACUGAUUUUGUGCAUUUUGGUGUCAAAGCAUUGGAUUUGGGGACGUUCCUACUUCUGUCCUUCUGUCAGUAGAGUCAUGUUUGUGCUUUCGAGACGGAUGUUGGUGCCAAAGCUGAAGGUGUCAUCUUGCUGUUGUGGAUAUAUUGUCUGUGAAAGUGACAGAUGCUCAUGUGGAGCUGUCCACGGUGCUGAAGUAUCCGAACCUCUGAUGGUGCAGCAAAAACAAGUAGCUUUCCACAAUGUCCCAUAAUGACGUGAUCCUUCAAAGCGGUCAGAAAAAGGAGUGCUUUUCCCCUGAAGGUUACAUGUGAAUUACACUGGGGAGUAUAUGGAUACAUUUAAGAACUAGGAGUUAUUGCUAAGGAGGAAAACAAUCACAUAAAUAGGAUUAAAAACUGAUAUGAGGCUAAUCCUAAAGGGGAAACCCUCUGAUUUUAUGCAUCCAAGUCUGUUUACAGGUCAUUGGGACGACUACUGCAUAUGUGAAAAAGUCAUAUAAAAAAACGUUUUAUGGCAAAACCUGAUCAGUUUCUUAAGGUUAUGUCACUUCGGCACACCAGUGAAAAAAUGAAAAUAAAAAAAAUCUGGGGGUGCAGAAUUAGAAAAAAAGUGGGUUUACCAGACCAGACAUGGUAUUCAGUUACGUAUAAUAAUAGGUUUAUAUUAACUUCAGACAUAAAGCUUGGGAAAAAAGUUCACAAUAUGUUGUGUGUGGACUAUCCAAAGACAUUGUUUAUAGUAAAAUAAAUUACAGUUUUAAAUGGAAUUUUUCAACGCUGUGAUCAUAACAAAACUAGAUACCACUUUUAAGAAAAUACUGUAUUCUAUGUUCUCUUACCCUUUCCAGGGAGGUGAAAAUACACGGUCAGCUACAGAAUGGCACUGUUGUCUUGCUCAAAGACACUUCAGCAGCAACAUUUAGACUUGAACAUGUGUAUUUAUAAGGUUUACUCAGCCCAGUGUUACAUUAUUGUAAACAGAGAUUAAUAAAACAUGAGAAGGUUGUAAUGUUUUGUUAUGAUGAAAAAAAACAUUGAUGCUUUUCUGUACAAAAAGUUUUAAGAGAUGUCAUUCAGUCGUCAUGCCAACUUGUCACUUUAGACAUGAUCAUCAUCCUCUGCGUCACCGUCAUGCAUGUGCUUCUGCUUGAUUCCUGUCAAUAUCUCUCAAUUCCAUCGAUUCUUUUCAUAUCCAUGUCAUAACGUUACUGAAGCGUGUCAACAAGUACUGUAGCAGUGAUUCCCUUUGAGAUUGGUCGAUAUAUUAAACUGUUUAAAAACACGCAAUCAAGCUUUAAAGGCAAAACUUUGCACUUGUAUGUUAUUUUUUACCAUCAAUUGAUUUUUUUUUUGUAAAAAAAAAAAGGAAGAAAAAAUGUCUCUUUGAUUUUGUGCGGGUUCCGUCUGUUUCUGACAUUUGUGAGACGACACCAUAAUAUAAACCUCAACACCGAAUAGUACUUUUACUGCACACCUGCUUUCUUAGGGCACUGUGAUCUUCAUCAUUCAGGUCUUUAGGCACACCAUUGAUAUAAUGAGGAAGAAAAACCUUGAUUUGCUUCAAUAAAUGCUUUACUUAGUGGCUGAAUACAUCUGUACAUGAAAUAACCUGAAACCAGUCGUGAUGAGUCUUUCUAACAGACAUUUGGUUUCAUUUUCAAGUGUAUUACUGAAGAUAUUUUGUGAUACCAGGAUUUGUGUGUACUAUUUGUCAGAAGGACAAUAAAUGUACGAAUUUCCUGUCCAUUUAUUGAUCUUGACUAAUAAAUUAGGUACAAAUCUUUUUUAUAUUUAAAAAAGGCAUGUUAGGAGACUUUAUUGCAGCGAGUGGCCUCUAGAUGGCAGUGUUUAAUAAAGUGCCACAUUGAGAAUAGUUUCCUGUGCAGCAUGAACUCUAUUCAGACUUUAGGAUUUAUUCAUAGAUGAGUCAAAUAUAAGAUUGUGUUAAAUAUGCUUCAAAAGUAAAACUAUGAUUUGUCAUGUUGUCUAGCGGGACUAGAGAUUUAUGUCUAUGUACCAAGUCGACUAAAUGCAUAUUUAUAACCAAAUUAAGAUUUGUGUCUUUAAAAAGUGAACAGUAAGUACUGUAAAUGUCCAGUUAUAAUAUUUUUGUGCUCUGAUUAAAAUAGUCAUAUGCAGUGUGGACCUGAUGAAGGUUUCCAGUCUCUUUAAAAAAGUGAUUUUAAGAUGCACACAAAUUUGAUAUUGUAUGACAAAUAUACAAGUGUGAGACUUCAGAGGAAGAUCUGAAUGAACUCAGUGGGUGAUGAAAGAAUUCCUGAUUAUGUGUAAAGUGACA